AGGAUGGAAUGUCUUCCGGUAGCGAUCCGUUGAAAUAUCUUCUCAGUUAUCCAUUUUCUGUGCUGACUGUGGCAAAGACACAUAUCUUGAUAUUGAGCGUAUUCACUGUAUGUGCUUGGCAAUGGCGAUCUCAUCCAGCCGACAUUGGUCUAGCACUUUUCGUCGUUCCAAUAUUCCACCUUUUGAGUUGUGCCGCAGCUCUGAUUUCUCUCUGGUUCAUGGUGCAGAAAUUCUAUUGGCGAAAUGUGGAAAUGGGAUUGGAUAUUACCGGUCUAGUUCUCAUCGUAUCUGCAUCCUUCGUUUUAACGGUCACAGGCAGCGCAGCAGAUUUUCUUCGCGGUUACGUCAUGGUCAAUAAUAUGUUUGUGAUAAUCGCAUGGUCAUUCUGUCUUUUCUGGUGUCGAUUAUGCACUUCCAACAAUGUUUCCAAUCUUUUCAUCAGCGAAUGGGGUAGAGCCACUGAUGACAUAGAGAUAGAAGCACUUGAAAAUCACUUCUAAUGUUGGAGUUUUGUAUAGAACUAUGAAAACUGAUUGAGUAAUUUUCACGGCGCAUAAGUAUAAUACCGCUCAUAACUUGUCAAAAAAGCCACCAAAAUCCACCGGGGUUCAACGAAAUCCGCCUCGCAUCAUGAGAUCUUGAUUCGGAGUAAAUGUUUUUGAAUCCAAGAGCACUUCGACUCAGCUCGGCGAGACGCUCUUCUAAGUCACUCACUGUCACUGACUAAUCAGACUGCAAUUAAGAAAAACUGAAAAGCUAUCGCAUUCAAAAAACUUCUAUAAAGCAGAAGAUACGGCUCGCCAAGCUGCAUCGAACGGUGCCCUUAUGUACAAGACUUAGUUACUCUAGAGCAAGAUGCGGACCGCGGGUUUUGAUGAACAUCGAUAGUGUUCAAUGACUUUUGAACUAUAAGCGCCACUGCAUUUGAUGUGGAAAUGUUUUCCUUGUCCUGGCUUCUAGCUUCUAUAUUUGUGGAAACGUCUCUUCAAGAAAGCUUGCUGCUAAUCUUUUCGGGAGGUUUUUUAGCUUGACUCCAGCAUACAUCUUAAUGUUAGUCGUAGCGCUUAAAUCAUCGGGAACCAAGGUCCUAUUACGUUGCAUGUUUAUGGCACUGCACAAGCUUUGGUUUCCUCGUUACGAUCUGUCCCAAUCGGGCCAAAACGAAACCCUGGAAUAGCGCAAAAGUACGCGCUCGUAGCGGCAUGGCUUGACUAUAUGCGAUCUCACUCAAUGACAUUUCACUGGGUAGGGCGACUCGCACGGCCGCAGCGCGGUGAUGGCAUUCUAUACGGGACCGCCGUCGCUCGAAGCAGAGUUUGUGACGUCUUUUGGCCGGAUGGAGGACUUUAUGUCGCAGAAAACGCAGGUCGCGCAGACAUCUGCAACAAACACGCAACUCCACGGAUAGCAGCUGCGCCUCGUACCAGCUGUCUCGGAGCUGAAAGCUUGUUCGCGACAUUUAGUCCUCUAUCCAUUCUGCCCAAGUUUAAGGAGGAGGGAGAAAAUUGCCGCAUGCGCGAUUGUUAAGGCAGGGUGUGUACUGGAUACUCUACGCAACUCUUCUUCGUUUACCGCAUACUAGGGUUGCAAAAGUAAGCAAC